CCAAUCCGCGCGUCGCUUGGUGACCGCAGGGGAGGCGAGCGGCAAGAUGGCGGCGCCGGGCGAGGCGGCGGCGGCGGCGGCCGUGGCGGCUCUCUCGCAGCCCGAGGUGGCGGCGGGCUCGGCCGCCUCCGCCGUGGUGCUGCCGGAGCGGCUGCAGCGGCGGGAAGCGGAGCGGCAGCAGGGCGUGGAGCGGCAGCGGCAGAAGAAGGAGGCGCAGGUAGUGAAGGAGGAACAGAGCGAGUUCUUCCUGGCCGCCUUCGCCCGGGAGCGGGAGGCCGUGGAGGCGCUGCUGGCGGAGGGCACGCUGGAGGAGGCGGCCGCCCGCCUGCAGGCGCUGCAGAAGCUGCUGACGGACAGCGUGCGCUUCCUGGCGCCCUACGAGGUGCGGCAGGGGCAGGAGACCGUGGCGCGGCUGCAGGGGGACCUGGCGGCGCGGCGGCAGCAGCUGCAGCCCAAGAAGAAAUUCGCCUUCCGCGCCCUCAAGAAAGAAGCGGCCCCGGGCAGCGCCCCGCGCCCCGCCGAGCCCGCGCCGCCGGCCCCCGCCGCGCCCGGCCCCGGCCUCGCCGAGGGCGAGUCGGGCGGGCCGCCGCUGUGCGGCUUCAGCGGCGCGCAGGACGCGGAGCUGGAGCUCGGCCCCGCGGAGCUGCUGCAGCGGGACGUGCUGCUGUCGGAGCUGCGCGGCUGCCGGGUGCGGCUCCGCGGCAACCCCAACACGCUGCGGGUGCGCGACUGCCGCGGCUGCACCGUGCUCUGCGGGCCCGUGUCCACCUCCGUGCUGGUGGACGGCUGCAGCGACUGCCUGCUGGCGCUGGCCUGCCAGCAGCUCCGCACGCACCGCACCGCCCGCUGCCGGGUCUAUGUGCAAGUCACCAGCCGCGCCGUCAUCGAGGCCUGCUCCGAGGUCUCCUUCGCCCCCUACUCCUGGAGCUACCCGGGUAUCGAGCGAGAUUUCGAGUCGUCUGGGCUCGACAGAAACAGCAACAACUGGAACCUGGUGGAUGACUUCGACUGGCUGGCGGCUGACAAGCCUUCACCCAACUGGAGCCUGAUCCCCGAGCAGGAAAGAAUCACUUGCUGGGACUGACUGCGGGCGCAGCUCUGCUGUGCAAGGGAUCCUCGUGUAAACGCACUGAUCCACGAACUGUGGGACUUAAUCCCCCCCGAUAUGCCAUUAAAUAAUUCCAUUCUGUAUUCAAAGUUUGAACUAUAAUAUAUGGCUGGAUUUCUGAGUUGAAGAAUACCAGUCAGAUAUUGUUUACUUUUCUUGCACAAGUUGCUGCUAUAAUCUGUAUAUAUCACUGUGGGAUUUGCCAAUUUCUGAAGUACCUCACUAUGAGUUUUAACUUACUGAGGUGGGGCAGAGGCCACUGGUAUACGAACAACAGUGAGCCUCUGUUAGAGCUGUUGUGCUGCUUUCACUCACCCAGGCAGGCUCUGAAUUAGCUGUGAGUAUUGCAAGCUGUACUGGAAUGAAAAGAUCAAUUUCCAAAUUUUCCAUGUUUUUGUAGUUCUCAUGCUGCUGACAGCAGCAAUCUUGGGAGUGCAGGGCAGUACUGCUGUGAGGCAAUGGGGCAGAAAAAGGUUCAUUUGAAGGAAGAGUUUGUAACUGCACAGUGCAGCAGACUGAGAUGCAGCCUAGGCUGUGAUACAAUGAUGAGCCAAUUUCUGUCGAUUAAAGUUAAAUCUGUAAGCUGGCUUUGAGAGAGAUAAGUCUAAAGGAAGAAAGUGCUGUAAUAAACAUCUAAUGCUCUCCUGAUGUAUUGACUACUCAAAAUUAAAAACCUAUGGUGUCUGUAUAAAUGCUAAAGCUUCACUAUCUUGAGUGCUAUGUGAAAGGAUACUGCUUCUGUGAGCAGCUCAGAGGCAUCCAGCAAGUGCUGAUGAACAUCACAGAAGCUGGGUUAACAGCUCCUCUGCAAGCUUAAACUUCAGGGGAGAGGUGUUCAGGGUUAUCCCACUAGUUUUCCAGACAACAAGCUUUGUGUGCUAAUUUGCAGCACUCUGCUGCUGCCUAAGUGCAGUGUUGAUGGAGAGAGUCAGUAAAACAGAAAGAUGCUAUAUUCCAGAAUUGCAUGUUAUAUUGCAUAAAGUGCAGAACAAUGUCUCUUCACUCCUGCUAAAUAAUAGUUGAAAAGUAGCAGCACUGUGGAAUGCAAUGUCUUUACAGUGCCUUGCUAGAAGUGCUGAAGUGACCACUGUCCAUAUAUAAAGUAUACAUAGCAGUUUUAGGUUUCUAAAAUCCCUCCUUAACUUGUGGCAUUUUUCAAGAAAUAAUUAUCUUGCCUUAGCAUAAAGUUUAAUUUUAAAACUUCAAAUUGUUUAUGCUGUGCAGCCAUCAUUUGUGUGCCUCUAACAGACACUAAAUCCUAGCUGAACCAUCAAAAACUGCACCACUGCCAGGAGAAGUACCUGAAGCUUCACUUAGGUGUUUGACUGGUUUUGAGCAGAAAAUGUUUUUAUAUAAGUUCUUUUCAGCAUGUUUAAUUUAAAGGGGGAGGGCAAAAGGGAUUUUUUUUUAAUAUUCCUGACAACUUUCACUUUUGUUUACUUCUGUUAUUGUAUGUUUUUUGACUGAAUUGGAUUUUGCAUUUCAAAUAUAUUUGUUUUGAAUUA